AGCUCUUCUUGAUAUUUCUCAUUGAACUAGAAACUUCCAAAAUGAGGAUGUAAUAGCAAAUGCCGUUGCAUCAAGGCCGUCGAUAAAAUUUCCAUUCCUAUAGUUGUGUUUUAGACUGUUGGUGGGUUUAGGUGGUUUUGAUUGUCAUAUGCAGAAAGGAACCAGACUCGUUUACAGUGCUACAAGAAAUUUACUUGCAGGAUGUAACAUACGAGCGAAUAUUUCGUCUUCCGUCAAAUAUUGUCAGGUCCAAUCGAAAGCAGCCUCCACUUUCAGUGCUCUUAAAAUCGGUCACAAUGAGAAACGUUCAAUAAUCGAAUCAUCCAAGUAUCCUAGUUUAUUUCUAACGAGGAAUUUUGCAACUGGAAAGGAUCUUCGAUUUGCUACGGAAGCUAGGAAUUUGAUGUUGAAAGGUGUUGAUUCUCUGGCAGAUGCUGUGGAGGUUACUUUGGGUCCAAAAGGUAGAAAUGUUAUCAUUGAGCAAUCUUUUGGGGCUCCGAAAAUUACCAAAGAUGGAGUUACUGUGGCUAAGAACAUAGAAUUCAAGGAUAAGCAUAUGAAUUUGGGAGCUCAGUUAGUUCGUUCAGUAGCCAACGCAACAAACGAUAUUGCUGGAGAUGGAACGACUACAGCAACUGUACUUGCUCGAGCUAUUUAUGCAGAAGGAAUCAAGGCAGUAGCUGCUGGAAUGAAUCCUAUGGAUGUGAAGAGAGGAAUUGAUCAAGCAGUGAAGGCUGUGACAGAGAAGCUAAGAGCCAUGUCUAGGAAGAUCAACUCUAAAGAAGAGAUACAACAAGUUGCCACAAUAUCCGCAAAUGGAGACGAAGAAAUUGGCAGUUUAAUUGCCAAAGCUAUGGAAGCAGUUGGAAGAGAAGGCACUAUUACUGUUUCAGAUGGAAAGACUGUAGAGAAUGAGUUGGAAGUAGUCGAAGGACUCAAGUUUGAUCGUGGAUAUAUUUCUCCUUAUUUUGUUACUGAUGCAAAGACUCAAAAGUGUGAAUUUGAGAAUCCAGUUAUAUUGUGUGUAGAGAAGAAGAUAUCUUCAGUUAAUGCUAUGCUUCCUUUACUUGAAAAUGUUAUUCGUUCACAACGACCUUUGCUCAUCAUAGCAGAAGAUGUGGAGUCAGAAGCAUUGGCAACUUUGGUAGUAAACAAAUUGAGAGGAGGCAUCAAAGUUUGUGCUGUCAAGGCUCCUGGAUUUGGAGAGAAUAGAAAAGCCAAUCUACAAGACAUUUGUGUAUUAACUGGUGGACAGUUGGUUAGUGAUGACUUGGAUGUCAAGUUGGAGAAUGUGGACAUGUCUAUGCUUGGCCAAGCUAAGAAGAUUUCCAUUUCAAAGGACGAUACUAUUAUUUUGGAUGGUCAAGGAGACAAACGAAUGAUUCAAGAACGUUGUGAUAUGUUACGAGACAUGAUUGACAAGUCCUCUUCUGAAUAUGAAAAGGAAAAGUUACAAGAAAGGUUGGCCAAGUUAUCCGGUGGAGUUGCAGUUUUGAAAGUUGGAGGUUCUUCUGAAGUGGAAGUAAAUGAGAAGAAGGAUCGCAUUAACGAUGCGUUGAAUGCAACGAGAGCAGCAGUUGAAGAAGGAAUUGUGCCUGGUGGUGGAAGUGCACUUUUAUAUGCUUCUCGAGAUGCUUUAAAGGAUGCUCAAGGAAAGAACUUUGAUCAGAAUGUUGGUAUAGAUAUUGUACGCAGAGCAUUAAGGAAACCUACUCUAGCUAUUGCCAAGAAUGCUGGUGUAGAAGGUUCUGUAGUUGUUGAACGUUUAUUACAAUCCAAGGAUAUGAUUGGUUAUGAUGCAGCCAAGGAUCAGUAUUGUGACCUGGUUCAGGCGGGAAUUAUUGACCCAACAAAGGUUGUUCGUACAGCCUUGGAAAGAGCUGCAAGUGUAGCAGGUCUAAUGACUACCACUGAAUGUAUGGUAGUUGAGUUGCCAAAGGAAGAAGAAAACUCUCAUGGCGCUGCUGGAGCAGGUGGCAUGGGAGGAAUGGAUAUGUAUUAAUCUUAUAUAAGAAAUCGAUAGGAUAACAAUAAAGAAGCUUCGUUAUGCUUGUUCAAGUUGAACUAGUAAUAACCUGUA